AUGGGCGUGAACGUACAUGAGCACGAGGACGGCCACGGGCACGGGCACACAGACGACACGAAGCUGGCGCUGAAGGGCCGCCUGCGUGUGGACCUCCUCGUCGUCUCGUGCCUCAUUGUCAUGUUUGUCUUUCUGCAGUUCGACCGCACGAGCCUGGGCAACGCGCUCACCGACAACUUCAGCACCGUCGCAGGCCUGUCGCAGGCCGACAUCAAUCUUGGCCAGACGCUCUUCACGCUCGGCAUGGUCCUCUUUGAGAUCCCGUCCAACGUGGCGAUCAAGCGCAUCGGCGCCCACCGUCUGCUCCCGAUCCUCAUGUUCUGCUGGGGCACCGUGACGUGGUGCCAGAUGUUUAUUCGCUCCCGCCCCUCCUUUCUCGCCCUGCGCUUCCUGCUGGCCAUGUGCGAGGCCGGCUUCAUCCCCGGCGCGGCUUUCUACCUCGGCCAGUUCUUCACCCGGCGCGACAUGGCGUUCCGCUACACGCUCCUCUGGGCCGCCAACUCCAUCGCGGGCGCCCUUGCCGGCGUGCUCGCGCUGGGUCUGCUCAGCCUCAACGGCCGCGGCGGCCUCCACGGGUGGCAGUGGCUGUGGCUCAUCGAGGGCGUGCUCACCUGCGCCGUCGCCGUCGCUGCGGCCUUGCACCUGCCCUCGGGCCUCGCCGGCGCCACGCGGCACCCCCUCUUUGGCCGCAGGCUGCCCAUCCUGACCGAAGCUCAGGCAGAAGCGAUCCACGAGCGCGUGACGCGCGACGACCCAACCAAGGCGUCGCAGCGCAGCCGCCGGGUGCGCGGCGUCGACUUUGACGUCCUCGUCGGCUGGAAGGUGUGGGGCCACUGCCUCAUGGCCUUUCUCUCCUCGAUCAUGUUUACGCCCGUCAAUACGUAUGCGCCGUCGAUCAUCAAGAGCCUAGGCUUCCGCGGCUACAGCGCAAACGGCCUCAACAGCGUCGGCUCCGUCCUCGCCCUCGUCGUCUCGCUCAGCCUGAGCUUCACGAGCGACCGCGUGGGCGAGCGGGCGCUGCUCGUCUUUGUCGGCUUCUGCGUCCCCGCCGUCGGCCUGCUCUGGCUCGCACUGCCACCCGACGGCGUCCAUGCCGGCGUCCUCUAUGCCGGCCUCGUCAUCGUCCAGGGCGGCAUGGGCUGCGUGCAGGGCAUCAACGCCGCCUGGCUCUCGGAAAACAUCGAAGAGCGCCAGCGGCCCGUGGGCCUGGCCGCAUACGUCAUGGCCAUCCAGCUGGCCUCCUUUGUCGGUUCCAACAUCUUUACGGCGCGCGACAAGCCGCGCUACAAGCGGCCCUUUCUCAUCUGUGCCGGCUGCGUGCUCGCGGCUGCCGUCGUGGCCCUCGUCUGGAAGGCCCUCUACCGGCUUGUCCCGCAGCGCACGCAUGCAGGUCGGCAGGCCGCAGACGAGGCAGCAGAAGAGAGGAAGCAAGCGUCGCAACAGCAGCAGCAGUUGCAGGAAUUGUAA